AUGGCGAGCGCCGCAGUCGCAACUCAACCAUCACAACAACAUCUCGGGGCUGGCCCUACCUCUCGUACCUCGUCGCCUAUGGAUAACAAAAAGGCCAAUUUGAAGCAAAAAGAUCCUGCUGCAAACACCUCGCCAUCACAGACCAAGUCGUCGUUACCAGACUCAAAGACUACAUCGCUGGCCGAAGACCCAAAGCCUGUCAUUCAAACAUCGGAACCUCUUGCACCCCCACCAAGACCUGCGCCAACCAAUCCUGCAGAAACACCAGACUAUUUCUCUGCGCUGCACAAUAACACCAGUGGUAUCGGCCAAGAAUUCAACCCCUUUGAGCAAUCCUUUGGAGCUCCGUCCACCGAGACACCUGGCAAGAAUCUUCUUCCUCCAGUUGCUGCAUUGACUUCGCCCGCUAUUCCAGGGACAACUUCCUCUGCAGGUUACAAUUGGCAAAGCUCCCUCCGAUCUGGGCCAUUGAGCCCUGCAAUGUUAGCUGGGCCUCAACAGGGUGAUUAUUUCGACAGUAUCGGUCGUGGCUUUCCCACUCCGAACGAGUCAUCUCUUCGCACUGGUCUCACGCCCGGCGGCGGCGGGUCUAUGUUCCCUGCCCCUAGUCCUAAUUCCCAGGCCCUUUACAAUUCGCUCGCAAGUGGCGGUGCUACACCAGGUACUCUUGAUUUCCAUCGCACUGCUAUGAACGCAGCUGCGAGAAAUAAAAACAAUCAAUUCGCCACAACUUCGAAUCCGCAGGAAAGUGCCCCACAAAAUAACCCCAACAUGGAUGCUCAGCAUGAUGCCACUGAUGCUGCCAACGGAUUGUUCAUGCUUGCCAAAGGCGGCCAAGGCAACAAUCAAUUUGCAGUCUCUAAUCCUUCUCAACCCGUCAGGAAUGGUCCAGAUCAGAAGCCCAGCAAUGGUGACCAUUCUGCAGCUGAUGGCGAAAGCACCGGAAGCCCAGAGGAUAAUACCCGAUCCAACACUCGCGGUGGGCGUGGGAAGAAGGCUGCUAAAGCAGAACCCGCCACCAAAAACUCGAGAAAGUCGGACGCCGCUCCCAAAGGUAGCAACAAGCGAUCGAAGGGCAACACAGGAGUUGCCAAUGUAGACCCUGCUCUUGACCCGCAUGACGAAGACGACGAUGACAACAGUGAAGUGGAAGAAGAUAUGGAAAAUAUGACUCAUCCCAAUGGCAAAAAGAUGACAGAUGAGGAGAAACGAAGAAACUUCCUGGAAAGAAAUCGUGUUGCUGCAUUGAAGUGCAGACAGAGAAAGAAGCAGUGGCUGGCUAAUCUCCAAGCCAAAGUUGAGAUGUACUCUGCUGAGAACGACAGCCUCAACAGCCAGGUCGCUCAACUCCAUGAAGAGAUCCGCAACCUCCGUACCCUAUUGAUUUCACACAAGGAUUGCAAUGUCGGUCAUGCUCAGGGCAUUAACCAAUUUCUCAACGGUAUGCAAGACCCCAGUGGAUUUCCUGGCCAGCAUGUGAACCCAUAUGGCAUGCCGAUGCCCAAUGGGCCACAAAUGCAGGCGGGAAUGCAAAGAUCUUGA